AUGAUCAGCGCUGUCGGCGGGGCUCCCUCUCGCCUCCCGUGCGUCGGUGUGGCCCUCGCGUUGCUCCUCCUGGCCGCGCUCAGCGUCUCCCCGGCCCGACGGGUGCUCGUCGUUCCAGAGGAGAGAUCGUGGUUUACGAUUGAUGUUGGCAUCCCGAGUCUUUUCGAUGACGGAGAACCCGAGGUCGCGGCAGCACGUGACACCUCAAUACGUGACACCUCAAUCGAUGAAACCGUAAUUGAGCAGGCCUGGACGAAGGCAGAUGUUGCGGCUCUGGCCGCGGUUAUCCUCUGGUGCAGCGACGAGCUGGCCGCCCUUGCGACGUACGGCCACAUCUCGGGGUGGGACGUUAGCGCAGUGACCGACAUGAGCUACCUGUUCGAACGCUGUCAGCAGGGCUUGCGAUGCUCCUGCAACCCGGACAUCGGGUCUUGGGUCACGUCGGCGGUUACCACCAUGCAGGGCAUGUUUGCCUACGCCUCCUCCUUCGACCAGGACAUCGGGUCGUGGGAUACUUCGUCGGUGACCACCAUGCACAACAUGUUCUUCUGCGCCUCCGCCUUCGACCAGGAUAUCGGGUCGUGGGAUACAUCGGCGGUAACCACCAUGCGCGGCAUGUUCUGCGGCGCCUCCGCCUUCGACCAGGACAUCCGGUCUUGGGAUACGUCGGCGGCCACCGACAUGAGUGCCGUGUUCUACCGCGCCACCUCCUUCAACCAGAACAUCGAUUCAUGGGACGUGUCGGCGGCCACCGACAUGGGUGGCAUGUUCUACGGCGCCUCCUCCUUCAACCAGGACAUCGGGUCGUGGGAUAUGUCAUCCGUCCUCGAGAUGAACAGCAUGCUCCGCGACGCCUCCUCCUUCGACCAGGACAUCGGGUCGUGGAACGUGUCGGCGGCCACCGACAUGAGCGACAUGUUCCGGGACGCCUCCUCCUUCGACCAGGACGUCAGUUCGUGGGACGUGUCGACGGCCACCACUAUGACCAACAUGUUCUCCCUCAGCGACUGCAACAAGGCUCUCAUUCACGUCAGCUUCGACGCGCAGACAAGCGCAUGGAACAAAGGGAACAAGUUCUGGAAUGUUUCCAGCAAAAGCUGGUCGACCUCCAACUACGACUCGUGGGGCUCGCUGUGCAAGUCGCCCUUGCCUCUGCCGUCUCCGCCGCUGCCAUGGCUUGUUGUACCGGCGGUGGAGGCCUGGUGGAUGCCCGGGCGCAUCCCAUGGCGCGCCCCAUUUGCCCUGGGAUAG